CUGUGUUCCGUCUAGUGUCCGAUUGAUUAUUUGAGGUUAAAAUUUCAGUCUCUUUCUGGGUUUCUGGCAUCUGAAAAUUGACUUUUUGUUCUGUUUUCAUCAAUUCUAUCAGACUGAAUUCGUGUUAACUCAAAAAAUUAUAAGUUUUUCGUUCUUCGAAUCAAGAAAAUGAGUUUCGAUUCAUUCGACACCAGCUCCCCCAAAGGUGGAGAUAAAGACUUGCAAGACUUCCUGAUGAUUGAAAAACAGAAAGCUCAAUUCAAUGCCCAGAUCCACGAAUUCAACGAUUUCUGCUGGGAGAAAUGCGUGGAGAAACCAGGGAGCAAAUUGGAUGGCAAAACUGAAACAUGUCUCACCAAUUGCGUGGAUAGGUUCAUCGAUGUUUCACUUCUAAUAACGAAUAGGUUUGCCCAAUUGUUGCAGAAGAGCGGAGGAGGAUUGCAAUAAAAAAAAUCGAGUCUGUUGGUAGGAAUGAGAGCUCAGGGUGAUAUUAUUAUGAGUUUCAUGUAUUAUAUCGAUGUAAAAGUGUGUACAAUAAAUUUUUUUGACAGUU